GCAAUGGGGCCGCCCGAGGAGGUGCGGGACCGGCUGGCGCGGUGCGGGCAGAGCCACCUGCUGCGGUUCUGGGCCGAGCUGGGCCCGGCGCAGCGCAGGGCUCUGCUGGCCGCGGUGCCGCCGGGGCUGGGAGAGCACUGCCGGAUGGCGGCGGCCGCCGGAGCCCGCCAGCGGGGGCCACCGGAGUGCCUGGACGGCCGGAUGGAGCCGCUCCCCGCCCGGCUGCUGGGCAGCUCCCGUCGCAGCGGCCCCGCCGUGCUGGAGCGUUGGGAAGCGGAAGGCUUGCAUCAAAUCUCGCAGAACAAGGUGGCAGUGCUGCUCCUGGCUGGAGGACAAGGAACUCGCCUGGGAGUGAGCUAUCCCAAGGGCAUGUACAACGUGGGAUUGCCCAGUGGCAAGACCUUGUAUCAGAUCCAAGCAGAAAGAAUCCACAAAGUGGAACAGCUUGCUGGCCAGAGACACCAUUGCAAGUGUGCCAUACCCUGGUACAUCAUGACAAGUGAGUUCACGCUAGGGCCUACAGAGGAAUUCUUCGUAGAACACAACUACUUCAAUCUGGAUAGAUCCAACGUGGUCAUGUUUGAACAGAGAAUGUUACCCGCUGUCACCUUUGAUGGGAAGGCCAUCUUGGAGGAUAAGGGGAAAAUUGCCAUGGCUCCAGAUGGCAAUGGUGGCUUAUACCGUGCUUUGGUGGAUAAUAAGAUUUUGGAUGACAUGAAGCAGCGUGGAAUCCAGUAUGUCCAUGUAUACUGUGUGGACAAUAUCCUCGUGAAAAUGGCAGAUCCAGUCUUCAUAGGCUUUUGUGUUUCCAAAGGGGCAGAUUGCGGUGCAAAGGUGGUGGAGAAGGCCUACCCCACAGAGCCUGUUGGGGUGGUGUGCUGUGUGGAUGGGGUCUAUCAAGUGGUGGAGUACAGUGAGAUCAGCCCGGAGACUGCGCAGCAGCAGAGUCCCAAUGGGGGACUGAUGUACAACACUGGCAAUAUCUGUAACCACUUCUUCACAGUUGAAUUCCUGGAAACAGUGGCCCAGAAAUAUGAGCCGCAGCUGAAGCAUCAUGUAGCCAUAAAGAAAGUGCCUUACAUUGAUGAGGAGGGAAAUCUGGUAAAACCGCUAAAACCAAACGGGAUAAAGCUGGAGAAGUUUGUAUUUGAUGUGUUCCAGUUCUCUAAGAAUUUUGUGGCAUUUGAAGUUUUGAGAGAAGAAGAGUUCUCACCACUAAAAAAUGCAGACACAGCUGACAAAGACACUCCCACCACUGCACGGCAAGCCCUCCUGGCCCAGCAUUACCUCUGGGCUCUCAAGGCUGGGGCCAGAUUUCUGGAUGAAAAUGGUUGCAGGAUACCAGAGAAACUCAGUCUCUCAGGAACUGAAGAUGCUCCAGCUGUGUGUGAGAUAUCUCCAUUAGUGUCUUACUUUGGAGAGGGUCUGGAGGCAUACAUGAAGAACAGAGACUUCCAAUCUCCCUUUGUACUUGAUGAAAACAAAGCAGAAAUGCUAGGAAAUUCUUGAAAAGGAGGGAGGCUUUUCUGUCAAAUCAGAUACUGUUUGUCAGGUCCAUUGUAAGAACUGACAUUACUAAAAUAUCAGCUAUGAAGUGCAUUAUAAAAAAGAUUGCUUUGCAGUAUCGAUUGAUGACAAAUCAUUACAGCAAUUGUGUCUACCAGCUCUGUUUGGUAACUUCGAAGGCUGUGCCUUUUACCUCAGUCUGUUUUGUAGACUUGGAUGUGAAUGAAGAUUAUCAAUACCUUCUGGGUACCAAACAAGUUUUAUAUUUUUUAUUUGCUGUGCAUACAAAUAUGUCAAAGAGGCAGGGUCUAAUAAAUCAGCUUUGCAUUCAAGAAGAUUAAAUCACUUCAGUGCCUUGUUAGGGAUUUUGUUUGUGCUGGUGAGGUUGGUGGUUUCUGGUACUGGUUUUUUCCUUUAAUUUGUGUACACAUGUGAAGAAUCAGUUUGAGGCCCCAUACUGAGAAGUAUGGAAUGACUUCGUGUACUGGGGCCUUUCUUUCCAAAGAUCCAUUUUUCCUCUAAUGCUGUGCUGGUUAGAAGAUCCAGCACAGCAAUUGCAUCCUCUAACCAGAUUGCACAGAGUCUGCAGUGGGUAGGGAUGCUGCUGCGUGUAAGUGUUGCUUGAGGUUUGGACUCCAAAGCAGAUCAAAGUAAUAUGCAUAUCUAGGUUUGCUGGUGCCAUUCCAAGAAAACAUAUGGAAAUAUGAAGCUUUGACUGAUUGCUCUUUACAGCUGUAGGUUUUUUUAUUGAAAAGAAAAAAAAGAUUAUCUUUUUUCCCAGCAAUCCUCUUCCUGUCUAUAACAAACAGUUAUUUUACUUUCCAUUUUUCUGUUUAAUGUGUUCCAUAUCCCUCAAAGGGACUCUUUUAAAGUCCCUGGAAGUAGUAAGAGGCAUAAAUCCUGAUGGUAGAAUUUAAUGCUCAACCAAAACAGACAAAUGAAAAAGACUCAAUCCCUGUAUGACCACUGCACACAGUAAAACACCAGCUUCUCCUUCUACAGUUUCUGGACAUCCUUUAGAUGCCUUCCUUUUAAAUACAUUACUAACCAUAAUGCAGAGAUAAGUGUCAUCUAAUUAAGGACACUAAUAGUCAGAAUGCAUGUAGCAUGUGAACUCUGCCCUGGCCAAGGGAUUCCAGGGUGCCUGUGAGCCACAAAUGUUCAGCCUUUGGCACUGCUCUGGCAAGCACGGAACACACCAAAGUGGUUUCACCCUUAUGAGGAUGCUUCAGGUGUACUGUUGGGUGGCCUUUGCUUGAAGAGCACUUUAUAUACUUCUUCCCUAAAUUAGGCUUAAAAGAAGGUGGGGAGGAAGAUGCCUCAUUUGGAACGUUGUUAUUUCAUGCAUCUGCUUCUAUUGAGGAAUUGCUGAUGCUGUUUUAUUAAGCAUAAAUCUUUUAAAUAAUUGAUGUAGCUUUUAAAAAACUUACGUGUGAUUCCUGAUGUGAAGCUAUAUUCAGAAUGUUGGAGAAGUAUAAAAAUGGCUUUGAGAGUAAAUACAGUUUGUAAUUACAAACUCAUGUUAUCCAAAGUAAGCAGCUAUGUCAGUGGCAGUUUUCAGGUAUAAGGUGUAUAUGCACAGAAGGAAUGAGCCUUUUGCACAUGCAGACCAACUCAUGACAGUUUUGAUUACCUCUGUUUGCUGUGCAUCUGUAAUUCCCAUUUUUAGUAUAAAUUAAGCAUUUGCCUGUGAUGCUCAAUUCUGUAUUUUCCUUCACAGUGUUUCUAUGGGUCAUUCCAUUCCUGUCAGUCAAGUUUUAUAUUUGUGCCCUGGUUUUGGCUGGGAUAGAGUUAAUUUUCUUCCUAGUAGACUCUCUGCCAGCUGAAACCAGGACAAUCUGCCAACAAAUUCUGUUGCAUCUUUGUGAGUAUUGGUUGUUGAUUCAGGCACGUGCUCCUUUUAAGGUGCACUGUGCUAUGAAGAAAGCAUAUUUCUAUUGCUCUUUCUAAAGUGCUUUCUUUUGAGACUUCAGUUCUUGUGGGCUUUAAUCAUGUGUACACUGAGCUGUUGACUGCUUUUAGAGGUUGUUUUUGAGGGGAAGCUGAAUUAGAAUGCUGAAUGCCUUGUCUGUUGGGGUGUUUUUCUAUAACUCCUCACAUUUUAAACUGGAACAUAGAAAAAAAAUUUCAGAGAACUUUAAAAAAAAAAAAGAAAAAUAGUAUCUGUCCUGUAUGUAGUGAAGUAAUUCUAGUAUACAUUGUGAAAUGAAAAAAGUACCUGAAACAAAGGGAAGUCCCUUAGUACUCCAGACACUUUUGGACACCUAAACAUUUUUAUAAUAAAGUUGUUACUGUGA